AUGGGAGACCAUAAUUAUGGUCGAAACGAAGUGCACAUGGAGGACUCUGAGACCACGACUGAGACGGCUGCGGAGGACGUGCUGCCUGCAAGAAAACCCACGUUCAAGGAUAAAGUUAUGGGGGUCAAGCCUGUAACUAUUUUGGAGGAUGUUGAUCUUCUAGAGACAGGGAUCAUGGAGAUGAAUAUGGUUGAGGGGAAUCACCUCUUCCCUUCAUUUGAGAUAGAUGAUAACGCGUACAAAACUAUUUGUUCGCCAUGGGAGGAUUGCUUGGUGAUCAAGCUUUUGGGGAAACAAAUUGGUUACAGGCUACUGUGUGAACGUCUGAAGCCAUUAUGGAAACUGUCAGGAGCUUUUGAAGUCAUUGAAUUCCAUAAUGGGUACUUCUUUGUGAAGUUUGAUACUCAGGAGGACAAAGUGAAGGUGUUGACAGGUGCACCGUGGAUGAUCUUUGAUCAUUAUUUGUCCGUGAAACCAUGGACCUCAGAUUUUGUUGCAGCGGAUUCACGCAUCAACACGACUGCAGUUUGGAUACGCAUCCCAGGCCUGGGACUUCAACUUUAUCACAGGAGAAUCUUGAUGACGAUUGCCAAGGGAGUGGGUAAACCGCUCAAGGUGGACAUGAACACAGUCAACAUGAGCAAGGGGAGGUUUGCUCGUGUGUGCGUGGAGAUAGACUUGGAUCAGCCUGUUGUAGGCAUGUUGCGUCUACGGGGGACUUGGUACAAAAUAGAGUAUGAGGGACUCCAUCUAUUAUGUGGGGGUUCUGGCUGGUAUAGUCACUUGACCAGGAAUUGUGUUGCACCCCCGAUGCAGAAACUAGUACCAACAGCGGUUGUGGGGACUCCUGUUGAGGUGAACCAAGACCAUGUGACGGCGCCGGCGGCUGAACCAGUGGUGGAACGGCAGGAAGGCAAUCCUAACUCUAACCCUAUCCAACCAGCGAAUGGGAAUCAGGGAAAGAAUCUUGCCAAUGACACGUGCCUUGAGGUGGCACAUGGUGAGUGGUUGAAAGUUGAACGAAAGAAAAAUCAGGCAAAAAAGAAGUCGCAGGUUAAGGAGGGAAUCUCUCCAACUCAGGAAAAAGGAAACAAAUGCAAGAUAUUGGGAAAUAAGAAUGACAGCAAUAAAAGCGCUGGUAAUUCCUUUUCCAAAGAUCCGGCAACUAAGACUCAGGAAUUUUCCUAUUCUACUGAGAGUGCGCAUUACCGCAAACGUUCCCGAAAUAAUAAGUCAGGGUCGAUGGACUCAAGUCAACCAGCGAGAGCUGGGAGUGGCACAAAACCGCUGACACAGGGGGGCCCUAGCCAUCAUCAGUAG